GCCCGGCCGGCGGACCCGCAGCCCAGCCCCGCGGCGAGGCCCCGCCGGGAGCAGACACCGCAGGGCUGGCCAGCGCUGCUGAGUGGGAGGCGAACGGUGCUGUCUGAGCCUCCCUGCGGGCUGAAAAGCGUCAUGGCCAGCAUCGUGCCAGCCUCCCUGGCUCUCCUGCUGCUGCCUAUGACGGCCGCCAUGCGCUCCGACUGCAUGUUCAGGCAGGAGCAGGCCACGUGUCUGGAGAGGAUUCAGAAGGCGAACGAACUGCUGGCCUCCAACAGCUCCUCCCGAGGCUGCCCCGGCAUGUGGGACAACAUCACCUGCUGGAAACCUGCCCACGUGGGUGAGAUAGUCCUUGUCAGCUGCCCCAAAUUCUUCCAAAUCUUGGAUCCAGACCAAGUCUGGGAGACAGAAACCAUCGGAGAGUUUGAUUUCGAAGACAUUAGUUCCUUGGAUCUCUCAGGCAUGCGGGUGGUGGGCCGGAACUGCACGCGGGACGGCUGGUCGGAGCCCUUCCCUCACUACUUCGACGCCUGCGGGUUUGAUGAAUAUAAUGAGUCCGAGGCUGGGGACCAGGAUUACUACUACCUGUCGGUGAAGGCCCUGUACACGGUUGGCUACAGCACGUCCCUGGUCUCCCUCACCACUGCCAUGGUCAUCUUGUGUCGCUUCCGGAAGCUGCACUGCACCCGAAACUUCAUCCACAUGAACCUGUUCGCGUCGUUCAUGCUGAGGGCCAUCUCCGUCUUCAUCAAGGACUGGGUCCUCUACGAGGAGCAGGACAGCAACCACUGCUUCGUCUCCACCGUGGAAUGCAAGGCCAUAAUGGUUUUCUUCCACUACUGCGUCGUGUCCAACUAUUUCUGGCUGUUCAUCGAGGGCCUGUACCUCUUCACCCUGCUGGUGGAGACCUUCUUCCCCGAGAGGAGAUACUUCUACUGGUACACCAUGGUCGGCUGGGGGUCCCCAACCAUAUGUGUGUCGGCGUGGGCUGCGCUGAGGCUGUACCUGGAUAACACAGGCUGCUGGGAUAUGAAUGACAGCACACCUCUGUGGUGGGUGAUCAAAGGCCCUGUGGUUGGUUCCAUAAUGGUGAACUUUGGGCUCUUCGUCGGCAUCAUCUUCAUCCUCGUGCAGAAACUUCAGUCUCCAGACAUGGGAGGCAAUGAGUCCAGCAUCUACUUCAGCUGCGUGCAGAAAUGCUACUGCAGGCCAGAGCGGGCUCAGCAGCACUCCUGCAAGAUGUCAGAACUGUCCACCAUUACUCUGCGGCUGGCCCGGUCCACCCUGCUGCUCAUCCCGCUGUUUGGAAUCCACUACACGGUGUUCGCCUUCUCCCCGGAGAACGUCAGCAAGAGGGAGAGACUGGUGUUUGAGCUGGGCCUGGGCUCCUUCCAGGGCUUUGUGGUGGCUGUUCUCUACUGCUUCCUGAAUGGGGAGGUGCAGGCGGAGAUCAAGCGUAAGUGGCGGAGCUGGAAGGUGAACCGUUACUUCGCCGUGGACUUCAAGCACCGGCACCCGUCCCUGGCCAGCAGCGGGGUGAACGGGGGCACCCAGCUCUCCAUCCUGAGCAAGAGCAGCUCCCAGAUCCGCAUGUCUGGCCUCCCUGCCGACAACCUGGCCACCUGAACCCCUUCCCUUGUCCACGCAGGCCGGGGCUGCCGGCGCAGGCCGGCCACGCAUGUUUGCCUCUUUUCUCCCUUCGGGCAGGCCCUGGGCUGGGCGCUGGGCUCCCCGAGGGGGGAGAAGGACGUAGGUGCAGAUGGGUAUCCCCCCUCUUCCCAUUUUGGCGCUGGCCCCACCCACCACAGACCCCUGGGCCCUGACCCCAGACAUGUAAAUACUCCCUAAAUCUGGAAAAGUCAUUCCAUCCUUCGUCCAGUGUCCCUGCCCACCUCAAGCAGGUCCCAGGUCCACCUGCCCCAUCUCCACCAGCCUCCGUGAUCACCUGACCUGGUCGUGAAGCUGACAACCUUGCUUUGGGGGUUCGGGUGGGGCCUGCCUGACGGCCUCCCAAAGUGUCUGACCCUCAGUGCGGACUCCUGGAGCCUGCUGGCCACCUGGGCCCUUCUCAGGCUGGCCCAGUCCCCAUGGCCAGCUGGAGGUGCAGCUUGGAUGACAGUCCUUCAGCGCCGGCCAGAUGUGGAGUGUCCUCGCGCUCACCCAGCACCGUGCCGUCCAGGUGCCCGGCUCCUGGGUGUCAGGGCAGUGGGCCCCUCUGGGGCUCCUCCAGUCUGAGACUGCGGUUUGGGUAUAGGGCUAAAAGGUCAGGGGGUGUUCUGGUGCUUUUCAUUUGGCCCAAGAAAAAUUGAUGGGACUAGAAACGUGGACGUGGUCGGGAAGGAGACGGAAAGAGAGUGGAAGGACUCGAGAAGACCUCACCGUUCCAUUAUUGUACCCUGACUCGCGGUGGGCAAGGGUUCGUCUGGCAGCCUCUCUCCGGCCCCUCCGGCCCCUCCCGCCCUGGCAUCAGCUGUGGAAGGGAGAGAUGGAUGCCUCAGAAAAGCUGCUCCCCAGCCACACCUCCCACGUAGAACCCCAAGUCCUCCCUGGCUCCUCACUUCCCCAACGUCAAAGCCAUGACUAGGAUGGACUGGAUGCCUUCCUGUGAUGUCAGUGAGUCUGAGCA